UCGCGUUUAGAUGCGAUCACAAUGUGAGACAGUACUUCCGGGUUUAGAAACCACCAUGGUUUUUCCAAUCGCAAAACUUGCAUCUCUGGCGAUAAAACAACUUAGCAAACCCGUGGCAAGGUACGCUAAAGAGGGCGCUAAAAGGAGCGAGUUCUUCAAGAGAUAUGUCUGCAUGCCACCUGCCCAAUUGUACCACUGGAUGGAGGUGAAACUGAAGAUGAGAAUUCUCGGCCUUGGGAAGACUAAACCAGGCAGCGUUGCACCGCUCAACGAACAAAUGGCCACAGAGCUGGGAGCAGAGAUGCUUGGGGAAUCCAUCGUCUUCAUGGUGGGGGUACUAACUCUCUACGCAGAGUAUUGGCGGCAGUCCCGUAACACACAGAUAAAGGAGGACUCACAGAAUGAGAGACUAAAGGAACUGGAGGAGAAGCUGUUGGAUUUACAGGUUGUUACAGAAAAGCAGGACAUGCAGAUUAGACACUUGUCCAGGUUGUUGGCAGGUUUCGGCCCCCCUCAUCAGGUCACACAGGACAGUAAUCAGACUGUCAGGCAGCCUGGCAAAUAAAGUCUGCUUGUUGAAGGCUAUGCUACCGAUCACGAGCAUUUGAUUGACACAAGGCAACCUGCCCAGAGUCUGUCUAUGAGUAGCUGUCCCUGGUGCUAGGGAAUUAAUGAAGGUCUGUGUAAUCAAUCAUACGCAAAAUGACCAUGCUACUGUGAAUAGUGCUACAGAGGAGACAACUGGACAAAGAUUUGGUGCCCGUACAUGUGCUUGCAGUUGUACAAAAUGAAGAAAUUAGCCACAAAUACAUAACAUGUACAUGUUGAUAGUGUUUAGAUGGCAUCGGAGCAUAUGCCACAAAGUGUGAAGAAAUAUCAGGGGAAAACAAUUGUUUAUUGGAACAAUGUCACAAGUCCAUGGGUUAUGAGUAACGGAGUAUUCUGAUCAACUUCACCCAAUCCGGAGUUUGAUUUUAUGUUGUCAGGCCAUAAGUCAAGACCUUUUUUAUCAGUGAUCAAAUAUGUUGUGCAAAGAUGCAUUGUUGUAAUGUAACGGAUACAGAUUUCCUGCAGUGUGUACAAAAUAAAAUGUUGCUAUGGCUCGGUCAAUUUAAAAAAAGGAUUAUUAAAAGUAACUGCUCUGUCAAAGGUAUGGAAGAAUGAUUCCAGAAUUUCUUGUUCCAGAAUUCAUCAAAAUUGCCUGUUAUUCUGAGUAGUAACAAGUACUUACAUUACACUUAUUGUUGCUUUUGAA